GUAGUUGAGAACAUUGAUUUAAUAAUGGCAAUUAACAAAAGCAUCCUUGUUUUUGUCGUUUUGGCGAUUACAUUGGCGCUAGUCUCUGGCCAGUUUGGAGGACCAGGUGGUUAUGGUGGAUUCGGCGGUGGCAGACCUGGUUUUGGUGGGGGAUUUGGCGGCAGAGGGCCUGGCUUCGGUGGAGGAUUCGGUCAAGGCUUCGGCGGCUAUGGACCUAGAGGAUUCGGAAAUGGAGGAUACGGAGGAUUUGGUGGAUUCGGAGGCGGCUUCGGACCGGGCUUUGGAGGAUACGGACGCUAAUAAUGACACAAUCCUAUCAUAG